GCUGUGCUGAACUUCAAGAUGAAGGGGAAGGUUGCCAACGAUGAGCGCUCGUUUGAGUUGCCAUUUACUCGUACUGAGUUCCGUCGGUCUUUUGGUGAAGACAUCUGGGCUGAUGAUUCCGCUGUGAUGGGAGCUCUUAUUAAGUCUAGG